AUGGGACGGGAAGGAUGGGCGGCGGCAAUUAUCGGCAGCGUAGGACAGGAAUGGGAUGUUGAGAGGAGGUUUCGCGUGACGGAGGUGGCAUUGGCUAUCAUGUGGGUAUGUUGUAUGGUUUUCCCUAUUGGGGAACAUGUCUUCUGCUCAGCUCUAUGUUUGAUACUAAUUCCUCUCCAGUGCAGCGCAUCCGCAUAUCUUUCUUAUUUCUUCACUGACUGCUUGAUGUCUCGAUGGCUCUUAAACUACACCCCACCGGCCGUUGUGAUUCGAUUGCUUACGACGAAUGGCCUGAUUGCAUACAGUACAUCUUGGGUACUUUAUCUAUCUGGUGCAUCUGUUGAUCCUCGACACCUCUUACCAGCCUGGAUUUCAAUAACGACUUUGUUAACAUUCGUCUACUACGCUACUCAAAACCAUGCCAAGAUCAAGCGCGAGACAGCAGCAUCUUUACUGGUUGUCCUUGUCGCAAGCUUCCUUACCAUGUCGUUGCUUCUACUACAGCUGCACCUGACCAGAGAAAACGAAUCAGAGGUGCCCGUUUUUGUGUUCUCUCGCAAGCUAUGGGACUGGGCUACGGCUAUUUUCUUGCGUAUGCGGAUUGCAGAUGAGCGUCCGGGGCUUGGAGAACUGUAG